AACACUAGAAGGAAUAGUGGUGAGCAGAAGAAAAAAUAGUAGUUCUUUGUUUCGUCAUCGGUUUUUCGCAAUUUUUUAAUGUUAAACUUGUAUAUUUGUGCUGAAAAAUAUCAAAUAUCGAUAGUAAAAUAUUUAAUUAAUUAUAAUUCAUUGAAUACUUAUUCGAAAAACAUGAACAUAGGAUGAAAAGAACCAUUUUGUAAGUGCACCAAUUGGGCUACAGAAAAAGUGGAAAAGGAAGAAAAAACUUCCAUUGCACUUGGAGAAGACAAAAGAAAGAAGCAGGAAAAAGCAAAUGAAAUAAAACAUUGAAAUUGAGCUUCAUCGAGUUGUGCUGGUGUGUUGUUAUAGCACACAAUACCGUCAUACUAACCAAUAAUAGGAAGACAACAGUCAUACACAUAUAGAACGUCUAUUAAGUAGUUGAUUUUGUGAAGCAGACCACAGCGCAACACAGCAGCUGCCAUAGCAGACUUACUCCGUUGUUUGUAGAAUGUUGGAGCUCUGCUGAGUGGAAAACUAAAACACAACAAAAGUUCUCUAUCGCAACCAUCGUCAGGCAGGUAGAGCUCCAAAGACGUUUAAGCAGAGAGGUUAGCAAUCACGUCUCAACGGUAGCAGUAGCAGCAACUGCAAAAGCUUGCGGACCAGAGCGCCUGAACGAGAGCGUUUUCGCGCGACGAGAGUGUUUUGUUGACGUGUGUGUAAGUAAAGAGACUCAAAAUUGAUAGAAAUAACAAGAAGGCUGCUGCAACUGGUGCCUCUUCCGAGGACCAGCCGCCGCGCAAAAAAGGACGACGUUCAGCAGGAGGAUCAACAGCAGCAGCCGCAGCGGGAGCUUCAAUAACGACGACCGGAAUCGCCGCAGCAGCAGCAGGAGCACCUAGCAGCAAUUGUCUCAGUACGAGUGUGUCUAUUGACGCAGAAACAGCGUCGACUUCACGAGCGGCACAACAGCAGCGAUUAAAUCAAAAUCAAAAUACCCGUGAGAAGCAAAAUAGAGGUGAACCAAAAAAUAGUAAUAGCGUAAAUACUGAAACAAUUGAGAAUACACAAGAAAAUACAACAAGAAACUCACCAAUUAGCAGUGAUAGUGUUGUGGACGCCGUCAGUGGCGCUGUCGUUGAUCGUAAUAUUGAAGUAUUUGAACAAAGUACUAAUUCCAAUAGUGGUAACGAAACAACGAAAAUGCAAAACUCGGCUUUGAAUCCCUCAUCAUCGAGCGCGUCCUCGUCGGGUUCGGGUACGGGUACGGGUACGGGUUCCGCGUCCGUAUCGGCUUCCGGUGCCGCUCCGGUUGGCAAUUCAUCAUCAGCUAAUUCGGCAGCUGAUGGUGGUGGUGGUGGUGGUAGUAGUACGCUGGGACCUGCUGGCGGCGAUUCGCUGGCCAAUGUGUCCAAUUCGGCAAAUUCAUCGACUUCAACGUCAAAUGGACACGACACAAAACAUAAUGGCUUUUCGGACAACAAUGAAAGUGGCACCUUAGAUGCACAAAACAAUCAUGAUCAAUCGAUCGUGGCCGUCGCCAAUCACAAUUUUCACUUGGACAAAACUAAUCAAGAGAUUAUUCGGUUGAUUGGUCAAUACUUGCAAGACAUUGGUUUAGACAAAUCGGUAAAAACCUUAAUGACCGAAUCGGGUUGCUAUUUGGAGCAUCCAGCUGCCUCGAAGUUUCGGGAGCAUGUCUUGUCGGGCGAGUGGGGAAAGGCAGAUGCCGAUUUGAAGGAGCUUGAACCACUCAUUGAUAAUGGCAAACCGUCGACUAUCAUCGAAAUGAAAUUUUUAUUAUUAGAGCAAAAGUACUUGGAAUUUUUGGACGAUGGUUGUCCAUUGGAUGCCUUACAUGUGUUGCGCAAUGAGCUAACACCGUUACAGCACAACACGUCUCGCGUCCAUCAACUUUCCUCAUAUAUGAUGUGUUCGAAUAAUCACGAUCUCUAUCAACGCGCCAAAUGGGAAGGCAAAGGUAUAUUAUCACGUGCUGUGGUCAUGGACCGACUGCAAGCAUUCCUACCACCAUCGGUUAUGAUGCCACCACGCCGUUUACGCCACCUACUACAACAAGCAGUUGAAUUGCAAUCGAAACAUUGCGAUUUCCACGAUAUGGCCUUUAAAACAAAUCUACAGAGUGUAUCAUUGCUCAGUGAUCACACCUGCGAUACCGAUGGCUUUCCCAUGCAGACCAUACAGGUACUCACCGAUCACUGCGAUGAAGUUUGGUAUUGUAAAUUCUCGCCAGAUGGCUUGAAACUUGCUACUGGCAGCAAAGAUUCCACAGUCAUUAUAUGGGGUGUAGAUCCAUAUAAGUUGACAUUAAAGCAUCGUCGCAUACUCGAAGGUCAAUCGAAUAUAAGUGUGGCUUUUGUUAGCUGGAGUCCCGAUUCGAAACUCUUAUUAGUGGGUGGACCCGAUGAUACACCCGAAAUUUGUAUAUGGAAUGUAGAAGAUGGCAAGCUGGUGUUAAAGAUGUCUCAAUCGGUGGAUGACAGUCUAUCGUGUGGUGCUUUCAAUCGCGAUGGUACACGCUUCGUUUGCGGCGGUCAAAAGGGACAAUUCUAUUUGUGCGACCUGAGUGGAACGAUUCUCAAUACGUGGGAAGGGGUGCGCAUCAAUAGCGUGGCCUACCGCGCAGACAAUAAGACUAUAAUAGCAUCCGAUAGUCAUUAUCGUAUCAGAGGCUAUAAUUUUGAAGAUCCGGGUACAGAUUUCGACAUACUCAAAGAACCGCACCCGAUCAUGACUUUUACGGUAAACUCUGCAGAUCGUUUGGCACUGCUCAAUAUUUCUAGCCAAGGCUUGCAUCUAUGGGAUUUGGAGGACAAGUGCCUGGUACGUCGGUUUCAAGGAAUUCGUCAGAGCAAAUUUGCCAUACACUCAUGCUUUGGUGGUGUAAAUGAGAGUUUUGUGGCGAGCGGUAGUGAGGAUAAAUUGGUAUGUAUUUGGCAUAUACGACGUGAAGAGCCGUUGGGCAAGCUGGCUGGUCACACAAAAACAGUGAAUUGUGUUUCCUGGAAUCCUGUGUAUCCGUCCCUUUUGGCAUCGGCCAGUGAUGAUGCCACAGUACGCAUUUGGGGCCCAAAAUCACACAGUGCCAAUGCAACACCCGAGAGUGAUGACUGUUCAUCUUGUUCAUCAUCAUCGUCGUGGAACAUGACAUCGUAAUUCAACACAAACAAAUGCAUAUAUAGACGUCAUAACAGCGAUAACCAAUAGAGGAGCACACCGUUGUUGUCGCCAUAACCAAGUAGAUAAACACAAAAAAACUACAAUACCAAUAUUACAAUAGUACCAACAAUUACAAUCGACAAACAACAACAAAAAUAUGCUGUAGAGCUGAAUGGAAGGCAAAGAAAAUAUUUGUUAAGGAGCUAAAGAAAGAAACAGCAACAGCAAGCAUAAAGUAUUCAUGUACAGGACAGUGUUGUAAUUAAUACCAACAACGCGAUACACUUUUCGAAUUCAAGUUCGAAAGUGUAAUUCGACGAAAGAAGCAGCAGUUUUUGUGGGAUUAGAAUGUAAGCGUGCAAGCACAGCAGCAAUAAAAUAGUCCAAUUUUCUUUUUAAAUCCUAACUAUCUACAUACAUGUAAAGGCAACAUAAAAAUCAUGAACAUAGAGAUACAAAUAUGUUAAAUGAAUACCAACAAUAAUUAUUAACGAAAAAAUAUAAAGAAUCACGCCACAACAAUAAAUUAGUUUGAAAAAUAAAGCAAAAAAAAAAAAAAGAUGUAAUUGAUGAAAAAAUAAACGGCUGGAUACAGAAGCAAACAUUAAGAAAAAAUUAAUUGUAGCAAUUAAAACGAAGGUUUAUAUGUAACGUAUAAGAUAAGCGUUAAUUAUAGUAACAAUAUUAAUAAUUGAGCACUGCAGUGGGAGAAAAGGGGCUUUGCAGUGGCGCGCAUAUACUGAGACAUGUAGUCUAAAAGUGUUUUAAAAAAUGUUAUGUUUUGAAGAAGAAAACCAAACUACUAUAUAUAAUAAAUCGUCAUUUGUGUGCUAAUGAUAAAUUAGGUGACUGCUUGUAAUAUACUUCACAUUUGCAUACGCACGAAAAAAAAAUAAUUUCCGGCAGGUUCUGCAAUUCACUUGCGUGUGAAUUUUAACAAAAGUCAUCUUGAAUUCAACAUUUAGGAUUCUGCAUCUCACUUUCCGAGUUUUAUUUCUACUUUCUUUCGGAAUGCAUAACCUGCCUUAAAAACUGAAUUUGUGAAUUGCAUUAUUUGCCUGAUUACUUUUUUAUUGAAUAAAAUCAAAAAAUGUUUUAAAACAAGAAAAACACCAACACUCCACAUGCAAUACAAAGCCUUGUUUCGAUUUUUAAUGCAAAUUUUAUUUUUAACUGAUUUAUCUAAUUGUUAUUUUUUGAUUACUUUCGAAUUUGAAUACUUUUUAACUCAAAACACGGCAUACAAAAAUAGUAUCGGCGAAUAAAUAUUGAAAAAUAACAAUUUACGUUGCACCGUUACCUUAGCUCACAUGCUAGAUUAUAACAAUGCUACUGAUGUGCCGUUUUUUAAAUAAUUGUAAAUAAUAUCUCGUUUUAAUUUUUUACUGAUGCAGAAAUAACAGAUUUUUUAAACAAGAGUGUAACCAAUUUGUCAAGCAAUUCACUCACGAAAUGUGUAUAAUCCUUACUUUUGUGCGCCACGCAUUCGACUGUGCUAUUUCCCCUUUUUUAGUUUUUUUUACAAUAAUUAUAGCAUUAGUAAUGAUCUUAAGCCGAUACAUACAUAUGUAUGUACAUAUAUAUAUAUGUAUGAAAAUUUAAUAAGCGUAUACAAAAACUAAAUACAUACGCGCAUCAGAGAAAAAUGGCAAAUAGUUAUACAGAUAGAAUCCAUAUAAACAUACAUAUAAGCAAGAAAAGCACACAGCCGUUGUUGAAAAAAUAUACCAAGCUUAGAUAACCAACAGCUUAAGUAUGUAUUAAAUGAUUAGAUACGAUUUCCUGCACCCAAGCGAAAAUAUUAUAUAAAAUCAUAGUAAAUAAAUCAAAAAGGACUAGCAAACCCUAAAUACAUUCAUACAGUACAGUAAAAAUAACAAUCUUAAGAGACAAUUGCGUAUGUCAGUAUGUAUGUACAUAUGUACAUACUAUAUGCAUUCUUGUGUUUAGUCUAAACUUUAGACAUACAUAUAUAAAUAAACAAACAUUUUUAAUUACGCAAUUAUGUAAAAGGAAAUAAAUUACUUUUAUGUAAUACAUUUCAUUUUUGUA